AUGUCCGCCAACCUUCAAAAAAUCAACGACAUCGAGGCCGAGCUCGCGCGGACGCAGAAGAAUAAGGCGACGAUGGCGCACAUCUGCUCUUUGAAAGCUCGGCUUGCGCAGCUCAAACGGGAGUUGAUCGCCGCCGAUUCCAAAAAAGGCGGCGGCAAAGGCGACGGGUUUGACGUUCAGAAAACGGGCGACGCGCGCGUCGGGUUUAUUGGCUUUCCUUCGGUUGGAAAAUCAACGUUGUUGAGUAAGAUGACCUCCACCCGCUCGGAGAUCGGCGCGUACGAGUUCACCACCCUUACCUGCGUUCCAGGGGUUGUGAAUUAUCGCGGGGCGAAGCUGCAGAUGCUCGAUCUUCCGGGAAUUAUCGAGGGCGCGAAGGAGGGAAAAGGUCGUGGGCGUCAGGUUAUCGCCGUCGCGCGGACUUGCUCUCUUAUUCUGAUCAUCCUCGAUGUGGCGAAGCCGUUGCAGCAUAAGUUGAUUAUUGAGCGCGAGCUCGACGGGUUCGGGAUUCGGCUGAACACCUCCCCGCCGGAUAUCACGAUUCGGAAGAAGGAUCGCGGUGGGAUUAGCAUCUCCUCCACCUGCCAGCUGACGCAGCUUGAUGAGGAAACGAUCCGUAGCAUUCUCGGGGAGUAUCGGAUGUCGAACGCGGAUAUCGUCUUCCGUGGCGACUACACCGCCGAUGAGCUCAUUGACGUGAUUGAGGGGAAUCGAAUCUACAUCCCUUGCCUUUAUGUGUUGAACAAGAUCGAUCAGAUCUCGAUCGAGGAGCUCGACAUUAUCGCGCGACUUCCCCAUAACUGCCCGAUCUCCGCCCAUCACGGGUGGAAUUUGGAUGGGUUACUGGAGUGUAUCUGGGAGCAUAUGGGGUUUAUUCGUGUGUAUACGAAGCCGAAAGGGCAGGUUCCAGACUACAACGAGCCAGUGAUUCUGAAACGGACGCCACAACCGAGGAUUGAGAACUUUUGCAACCGUAUCCACCGCCAGCUGCUGAAGAACUUCAAGUACGCGUGGGUUUGGGGUUCCUCCGUGAAGCAUCAGCCUCAGCACGUUGGAAAGGAUCAUUUGUUAGAGGAUGAGGAUGUGGUGCAGAUCGUGAAGAGAGUUUGA